AUGAAGACGGAAGAGCCCCUGCUGGACCGCGCUGGGGUGUACAGGGAGCUACAGCGGCUUCUGGAUGCCGACAGCAGCAGCAGCGUGUUGGAGUUUCUGCCGGAGGAGAGUCGGGGUAUAUGGGCGGCUCUGGGUGCAGCUGCAGCAGCAACCUCAGCCAAGCAAGCUCGCGCGGGCGAGACAGUUGAAGCGCAGGAGGAGAUGUCGCUGCAGCGGCUGCAGCAGCUGCUGGAAGAGGCAGCUGCAGGUGUUCCCGUCUAUCUAGGCGCAGCAGGUGAAAAGGAUCCCCAGACUUCUCCUCGUUUCCUUUUAAACAAAAUCAUUCCCCAAAUACUUGCAUCCAGACCUCUCCUGCAGCAGAAAGAUUUCGUCGAGGAGACGGAGGUGGUUAUGGGUUGUGCUGAAGGGUGUAUGGACGGCAACCGAUGCAUCAAUAAGCAGCAGGUGUACAUUGGUAUUUACCCGGAGGUCAUGACAUCUGGAACAGCUCCUCCUGCCUUGUCCUCUCAUCAAUCUUCUUCAGUGAGUGGUCUGGUGACCCCUUGCGGUUCGUCUCUGGACGAUACUGUGCGCAUGCAUUUCGUGCUGCAGCAGCAGCGACUGCAGCAGCUGCAGCGGAAGAUGCUGACGGCGCUCAAGGGGCAGCAGCAAGCAGACGUCGACUCAAACGACCCGCAUCAGCAACCCGUCACAACGCCAACAGUCCGUUUAUACAACUCACGAAAGAUUCUUUCUGUUAAUUAG